AUGGAAAUAACCGCAGCCCGCGGGGCUUCAAGGAGCGACCUUGGGAACGGCAGGGGAGCUCUGUGGCUCUUCCUGGCUGUAGUGGGGCUGCUCCAGCCUGUAGCCGGGAAGCCCGAGGUGUGCCAGUGUGACUUUGGGAGCAGCGCUUGGGAAGAUAACAUGACGGACAUGAUAGAGCACAUCGGUAACUUCGGAGUUGAUUUUCCCGACGGAAACCACAUGGCAACACAGUUCAUCCGAAACUAUAAAUGUCCGAAGGAUGCACCUGAGACCGACUGGAAGUGCAGGCCCGAGCAGUCAGCAGUGUCUGUUGUCUGCAGCCUACAGGCCUUAUGCGCAACCACGCGUCGGCUCAUUGAGCCUGGAACGAUAUACAGGCGUGAUCAUUAUUAUGACGUGAACACUGCGCACUAUCAGGCUGUUCGGCAAAUCAGUCUGCGGUUUGCAGAGGCUGUAAAGUCCGAAACCUUGCAGCAGAGGAGGGUUUGUGAAGAGCAGCGCGUCUCCGCGGAGAAGGUGACGGCCCAGCAGAAGUUCGAGGCGCGAAGAGCAGAGGCUCAGGCCAGGGAGGAAGCGAAGAAAGCCGAGGCCGAAGAUGCGCAGAGGAGUCGCGAGGCGUGGCAGGCACGAGCCGAGGCCGCAGAGAACGAAUUGAAGAGGGCCGAGGCAUCUGCGAAGAGAGCGGAGCAGCUUCUCAAGGAGGCCCAGGCCAAAGAGGAAGCGAAGAAAGCCGAGACCGAAGGUGCGCAGAGGAGUCACGAAGCAUGGCAGGCACGAGCUGAGGCUGCAGAGGACGCGCUGCAGAGGGCCGAGGCAUCUGCGAAGAGAGCGGAGCAGCUUAUCAAAGAGGCCCAGGCCAAAGAGGGAGAUGGCCAGCUCUCCGAAAGUCCAGUCCCGCACGUUUGA